CGUCACCCAAGUUUGUUUUGAUAAAGAUGGCGCUGAAUUUGUUUUUUCCUGUUGUACUGCUUUUAUUUUCCUUUACAGUCAUAAAUACUAGUAGCAUUGAUGGGUGUAAUGUAGGGGAAACAGAAUGUUUGGAAUUUAAUGUAUUAAAAGAUCGCACAGUUGACCAUGUUUUGUCAAAAGAUGAGUAUGUUGAUGAGCCGUAUUACUGGAAGAUUUUCUGCUUUAAAGGACUUUCAGAGUCGGUCAUUUUCUUGUGGGUGAAUCCUGUGAUGAAGCUUAAUUUUAGCCAUGUACCGAGCCACUUUAAGACAGUCCGAGGAAAAACGGUACAGGAAGUCAAUAACCAGAGGGAUUCCUUCAGUCCAGUGUACAGUGUCCUCCAAAAGUUGAGACUGGUUGUUCAGAGAGAGGUGGAAGAAGUACCAUUUAUUGCCUUUAACCAGAGCUGUAUUGGUGUGCAGUCGGACACACCAUUCACCGCCAAAUUUUUAAUCAAAAAUUUGGAACCCUGGCUUUUAGCCUCUCUAGGAUUUGGAAUUAUUCUCUUCUUAUCAGCAGGAAGUUGGAGUCACAAUGUGAAGCUCCAUUAUGGUUUUGGUGUAGGGGUAGGAGUGAUGGCAUCCCUCCUGGUUAUAGCUUUUGUGAUGAGCAGGAUGUUCCCUCAGCUUUAUACAAUGUUCACACCAUUGUAUGAUAAUGUACCGAGCCUUAGGAAACUUGGUUAUGUACUGAUGGCAAUAGGAUGUUCUACCUACAUGUACUUAUGGACGUACAUUGUGCAACAUUUCUACGAGACCUCCUCCAGUUUGUUUGGCAUGUAUUGGCAAUGGAUUGUGGGAUACGUCCUAGUCUCGGCCCUCGUCAGUUUCGCCCUCUGUUAUCGCUACGGUCCAGUGACUGAGCCUAGGACACUGAAUCUGAUCAAGUGGUGUUUACAGUUGAUUUCAUUGGUGUUCAUCUACAAUGGUACACAGAUUCGAGAGGCAUCGGUAGCCAUUAUUGUAACAUUGAUUACUCUCUAUAACCUUCCUGCUGGAUUAUUUGACAACAAGUUUACUAGAUAUAUUAGGUACAGACUUUUCAAACCCAAGAUCAAGCUUCUGACUGAACAAGAGUACCAGCAGCAGGGCUUUGAGGAGACAAAGAAAGCCCUUGAGGAACUGAGGAGUUUCUGUCAGAGUCCU